AUGACCACAAUUCAAGAAGUGGAGGUUUUUGACAUGUGGGGGAUCGACUUCAUGGGGCCAUUUGUUAGCUCGUAUGGUAACAAGUACAUAUUAGUAGCAGUUGACUACGUCUCCAAGUGGGUCGAAGCAGUGGCUCUCCCAACCAAUGAUGCUAAAGGGUUGAACUUGGACAUGGAGACAGUAGGCACCAACAGAGUCACUGGGUUACAUGAGCUAGAGGAAUUCAAGUUCCAGGCAUUCGAGAGACCCUUCAGAGUGGUGCAAAUGUUCUCAAGUGGAGGUGUUGAGAUUGAAUCAGAAGAUGGGACGAAAAAGUUCACAGUGAAUGGGCAAAGGUUGAAACAUUAUCUUGGAAUGGAAGAAGAUAAAGGGGAUAGAGAGAUAAUAACAUUGGAACAGCCCCAGUACGCGAAUGAGGAGUGA